AUGUCUUUCCUUACCGUCGGUGGUGAUGGUUCCACACGUCCGACAUUUUUUGAGCUUAUUGCUGCCGAUCGUCUGAUGCCAAGUUUGAGGGCGGCAGUCAUAUACUCCUUGUCGGUCUUUGCACAGCGGCGGCCUGUACUACACAGAGUGCUGGACUGGGAGGACGAGUUCUUCGCCUUGGUGACAGCUUUCCUGGACCGCCAGAGCUUGGCCAACUCAUCAGCCACGUUUGCUGACACCUUAUAUGGUCUGCGACGGGCGCCUUAUGCCCCAAAUGAGCCAUCCCGCAGCUUGACACCCCACCAACAGAAUGUCACCCUCUUGCUCCUGGUCGGUGUCCCAUACGUGAAGGCAAAGCUGGAGGCGCUUUAUAACCGGCAUCGGCGUCCCACGGAGGGCUUAUUGGGGCUGACAUUAAGAAGACCGGUCGCACCCGAGUCCAAUGCGGCAAAUCAGCAGAGCGUGCUUCAGAGAGGGGCCAGCAGCGGCAGCACAUGGCGGCAUCGGGUGGCCCAGGCUCGGGCGAUAGGGCUGGCGGCAUUCAUGCGGCUGUAUCCCUGGCUGCACAUGCUGCAGGAGGGGCUGUCCUUCUCCUACCAGCUGGCCUACCUGCUGCAGGCCUCGCCCUACUUCUCGCCAACGCUGCACCUCCUCAGGCAACAUGUCGAGCGCGCUUCAGGGCAGCAACUGGUCCUUGCGGACAGAGCAAAACGGCAGCAGCGCAGGCAAGAGAUUACGGGCGUGCGCAGCUCUGGCAACUUCAUUGCGCGGCUAGUUCAGGAAGGGCUGCUGCGGACGAGCUAUGCGUUCAGCGAUCACACUCGCAACGCGCUCAUCCUCGCAAUCUUUGGCUUCAAGCUUCUGGAGUGGUGGUACACGUCAGCAGAGGAGAAGCUAGCAGCUGAGAAGAAGCUAGCGCCUCCGCCGCCGCCGCCUCCUCCCAUGCCGGCCUCGGGCGGCAUGGCCUUGCCAUCAGACCCCUCGCUGUGCCCUAUCUGUCAACAGGCGCGCACAAAUCCGGCAAUGACCACCGUGUCAGGCUACGCAUUCUGUUACCCCUGCUUGUUCAACUUCAUCUCCCAGGAGGGGUGCUGCCCAGUCACGCGCGUCCCAGCCACCGUUGACAGCGUGCGGCGCUUGUACCAAAGCACAUGA